AUGUCGAGCUUCCCACAGUUCGCCCUUCUCCCAACCGAGUUACAGCUUCAGAUAUGGUAUUUUGCACUGGAGGUACAGGAAGGACACAUUGUCCCAGUGGAGAAUUUACGAUAUGGGCGUCCCAGAAAAUUCAAACCGCAUAACUUAUACUUCGUGAAUUGUGAUUCACGGAGGACGUAUCUCGGAUAUCACAAGAGGAAUUUGGCCCGCUACCCGAGGCUGGGAAUCGUGGUCUUCGACCCGAGGAUAGACAUAGUUUUGGUAGAAGUAGGCUGGGUGAAAUGGAUCAAAAAUGCUUUGACCCAGAUCAGAGAUAGACCAGAGGGCAGCGUUAUGAAAGAUGUCCGCAAUAUCGCCAUCGCCGUAUUCAGUCUCAGUCACGACGGGCUGCAAACGCUUCCCAACUCGAUGGGAAAUACUAUUGCAAGAGUGUUACCAUCCCUUGAAAACUUCGUCUAUGACUUCGGAUAUGACUCGAGAAACCCCUAUUUUGAAAGAUUAUAUAGAGCGAAUCGAGGGAUUGAUUAUGAACUAGGUUCACAAAUUUACAUGCGGAGAGAGGAUGGAAGACGAGAGGAAUUUUUAGUUCAGUCGACACGGGAAAUGUUGGAAGAAUAUCAGCGCAGCGAGAUCCCUAAGUGGAACAUUCCAAGGGUACUGUCAACGCUUGAUAUUUAUCGGGAAACAAUCGAUGUGCGGAGACUAUUGGCAGAAGGAUAA